GACACAUUUGUCAAACCGAAAGCAAUUCCCUAAGCCAUGUCUCAUUCCAUGUUCGAUGCUGCAUGUGGACAUAUUACAAAAAGUGUUGGAAGUAAAACUUUACACUCUUCAAGAGAUUUAAAUUCAGCAGAAAGAUUUCGAGCACUAUGUAUUGUAAAGAGAAAAAAGCCAUUUUGGUUCUGGAAGAAACCAAAGAUGCUACCAACUCAAAUUAAUUUGGAAAAUUUGCUGGAUGAGAAAAAAGAACUUCCAGAGACUGUAAAAUCAUUUACGAUAUUAGAAAAUUUUUCCGAAUCACCAACCUUCAAAGUUUCUGGAUCAAUAGGAGGCAAAAUUGCUUCCGAGUUGAAUUUUAACCUUUCAGGUUCAGAUACAGUGACUCUUACAAUUAAACUAGGUGAUGUAGUGAAAACUGAGGUUUGUUGGCAAACACUUCAAGAGUUUCUUCAAGAAAACAGGGUCAAUCUGUCACAUUCAAUAUUUCGUGAAGUUAGAAAAUCCAAGCGAACAUCUCUUUGUGUGGUUUUAGAGUCAUUGUCAACUAAAGGUGAUGGUAACUUAGAGGAAACAUCAGAAGCAACAGUUUCGACUGAUGAUAAAGAAGGGGGAAAAUCUACUGUUACUGUUGAUGUUACCGAAUCAGGUUCUCUUAACAAGAAAAAUACACACACAUUUACAAUCCCACACGAUACAGUUCUAGCAUACAGCUGCAAUGAGCUCUCUAUUGACAAGAUGGGCUUUGCAGCACUUCACACUGUAGUGGACCGAUUGGAUGAUUAUAAUGAACCAUUGUUCCUAGAGAAAGCUGUGGCCAAUGAUCCAAUUGAUGAAAUCAAGAACAAGCUUGAACCAUUACUUAAAGCAGACAACUUUGAGCAGUUCAGAAAUGGAUGUAAAUUGAUAUUACCAAGCAUGACUCAUGAAUCUCUGGAAGCUUUGCAUUUGUUGCUUUCUUCUGCUGAAUUGAGUAUAGAGCAACCAUCAGAAGAUAAAUCGAUGUCUGUAUCUUCUCUUAGUCAAAUAUUUGAGACUCAAAGUGACGAAAAUGACACCUUCAAUCACCUCUUAUUGCAUCUUGGCUUCACUGUUGAAAAAGAUAAAGAGAACGCACAGAUCUAUUUCCCUUCAUCAGAGAAAGAGUCUAUCUUGAAAGCUACCUUAGGAUUGGUGGACGCGUUGGCAGAUAUUGACUUAGGAGCUCGAAAACUUCUUUCAAACAUUUCGCCUGCCAAUUUAAAGAGACUUCUGAAGAUGAUUGAAAACCAACUACACGGGGAAGAUACCUCGAAGAAGUCAAUGAAAAGCGUGUUUUUAAAUGAUCCAUCCACUGAACUGUUUUUAAAGAACAUUGGAUUCAUUGAAAUGGUAGUUGAUGACGAUGAGUUGUUGUGUUUUCCAGAGCGUAACAAACAUCUGUUGAGGGAUGUGUACACUGUCAUAUAUGUGUUGUCCAUGACAGAAGAUUAAACUGACACACCAAACAUGACGUGGUAUGAACAUGUCAUGGAAGUAGUGGGAAGUAGUGUAUUAAAAUGGGUGAUUUCUAUACAUGCUUUUUUUAAAGUUGCUUAAAUUUCUCUUACGAAUAUCUCUUUGGAAUUUUUCUAUUCACGUGGUUACCUACGCAGUUAGGCUAUUGCGCUAAUUAAAAAAACUUCUGGAACAAGAUGUUUCCGAAACUUUUUUUUCUUUUUCUCCAAAACGCGUUAAAAUAGUUGCUUCGUUUUUUGAAGGAUUCGAGGUUCAUGUUGGUUUUAUAAACUCGCUUAUGUGGGAAAAGUGUAUAUACAUGGUAGGAAACGAUAUGUUUUUCAAAGAAGAGUAUGCGAUCGAGUUUGUGCGUUAAAAAACGCUGUUAAACUUUUCGACAAAAUGUUAAACGUCUUAACUUGUUAUUGUUUGAAGUUAAAGAAAUUCGAUUCAAAAAAGUUCGCUCUAACGUUAUACAUAAGCUUUGAUUGACAUAGGGAUUUCUCUUGUGUUUGUGUGCGUUGAAAUAUGGAAAGAAUUAUAGCAAAAAAAAAAAAAAGCCGAACAGCUGAAAAAAUAAGUUAAAAAGUGUUUAAACGGUUAACGUUGUUUAAUUAUUUUAAUUUAAAAUCUAUAUUAUAAUACCCGUAUACGUCUGUCCGUCUGUCACGCAAAAUAGUAGCUUAGCUGCGCAAGUAGGGAGACGCACGCAGUACGGUAUAAAUGGCUGCUUUGAACAGUACUUGUUUACGUUCUUAUUGCACAGGCACUCAUAGCCUCAUUGUUUUUACAUAACACAUUGUAAUGUAUUACCUAUAAACAAUCUUAUUGUUGCUCAUAUUGCGUUAUCAUUCUUAACUAUUAUUAUAUUUUUUUAAUAUAUCUUAUGCAACAUAUCUUAUAUCUUGUAUCAAUAUGAUAAUCAAUAAUAUGUAUUAAUCUGACUAC